CAAAGUGGGAAGCGGUUUUCAAUUUCAAACCCAAACAGUCCGUGGAACGCGCCAUUGGACUGUGGGAUAACGUUCAAACCAAAUAGUUACCGCGUUUAGUUGUAGAAUUUGUAACGCAAUUAAAACCGAAACCAGACCGGCAUUACUGGCCGAGGUUACAAUCCACAGAAUCCGCGAAAUAAGUCGCUCACCGCGUCUUCGCUCCAGUUUUCUGCGCCCGGUUAAUUUGGAUGACAAACCGACGCUUGGCUUGUUUGUUGCAGGUGUUUACUAAUUCGCAUACGGUAACUUACCACAUUGAAACUAACACUGUGUUUUAGCUAACGUUACACAUCUGACAUAGCAAGCCAUUUCUGCAAGAAACAUGCCGAGGUCCAACAGGCAAAGAGAAUACAAACCUGGAGAUCUUGUAUUUGCUAAAAUGAAGGGGUAUCCACACUGGCCUGCGAGGAUUGACGAGUUACCUGAAGGAGCUGUGAAGUCCCCCUCAAACAAGUACCAGGUGUUCUUUUUUGGGACUCAUGAGACGGCAUUCCUGGGGCCCAAGGAUUUGUUCCCGUAUGAUGAACAUAAGGAAAAGUUUGGAAAAGCAAACAAGAGGAAAGGCUUCGCUGAGGGACUGUGGGAGAUUGAAAACAACCCCACUGUCACGCACGAAGGUUACGAGUCAUCGAAGAAGGACAACGCGUCAGAGGGAGCAGGGGAAACGGGUAGUUCGGAGAAAGCAGAUGCAGAGGGCAGCAGUGAUGAGGAUGAAGGGACCCUGGUCAUUGACGAGAAGAACGAGAGGGGAGGAACUAAGCGAAAAGCAGAGGAGUCCACAGAGGCAUCUCCCAAGCGGCCGAAGGACACAGAGGUGGAAGGGGACUCUAAAGUAGACAUCAACAAGUCCAACACAGAGGCCAAGCUCAAUGAUGUGGCUGGACCUAAGGCAACUGCUCCCUCCUCACAGAGCGAGUCAAAACCAGAGGCCCAGGAAAACGCUCCAACGGCAGAAAAGCCUGUGACAGACAGCGCUUAACGUCAACUCACAGAAGAAAACCAAGAACCUUUUGACGCUUUUCUCUGAAAUUCAAGCAUCACCAUGAUUACCUGCAGGAUGCCAGAUUUCAGCUGUUUAAUAAUAGAAUUAAAAAAAAUAAAAAAACAACAAAAAAAGCGUUUGUAUUGAGAGACAAACAAAUCCUCAUUUGCCAUUUUUGGGAUAUCAUAUAUCCUAGAAACAAAAAGUUUGCUAAUCUGAUUUCAAACAAUUGAAAUGAGCACUUUAAGGCUCGUUUAUAAAUGGGAUUUUGGUGUGUAUAUAUUUUUUAUUUCUAAGUGCAAUUACAUAAUUACAAAGACUGAAUGCUAGGUGUCAAACUUUUUUUUUUUUUUUUUCAGUUUAGAGGGAAUAAACACUGAAUAUAUAUAUAGUAAAUUAAAAAAAAAAAGGAGAAUGUUUAAACCACACAAAAAAGAUUAAAACUCCUAUUUGAUGGUUUUAAAACAGAUAUUGUACAGAAAUAAGAACAAAUUUUCACCCAUGCUCUCAGCUGUAGUUUAUAAAGUAAAUGUUUUACUUCCAUUUGUGUCACCUAGCUUCUCUGCCUCAUCUUAAAUCAUAUAUUCAUCCAUUGGAUACAUGAGGAGUUGCACUUUCAGAAUGUUUUUUUUUUUUUUUGCCCCAUUAAUCAUUGUCUAGUUCACUGUAAGACAUUUUUAUGCAACACAGGUUUUGUUGCUUUGGUGUAGUGUAUGCUUCAUUGCAGGUGACCAAAUUACGUGAUUUCAUUUCACCAGACUAAAUAUGUAAAGCCCAUUUCAGAACUAUUUUAGGAUCAAAACAGUUACUUGGUAAACCCCUCUGCAACUUUCUUUAGCUGACCACGCAUUAUCGAAAGUAGAAAGACAUUCCUGAUUGUUGUCAGAGCUCAGUCUUGAAACUUUGUCAGGCUGGAGCUGUGGCAAUUAUGGGGGUAAAAGUUUGUCACCACAUUUUUUUUUUUUUUGCAUAAAUUAUCUGGCAAACUAUCAAAAACAUCAACUCUUAGUUUCCUGUUUAUUAUAUUUUCUUAAUUAGCUCACCUGAUUGCUGCCAUUGCUUGAUACUGGAGAUGUAAUUGUGAAGCGUUCAGUAAUUGGUUGUACCAAAUAUGUUUAUUUUUUUCAGGUCUGAAAUAUAUUGCUGACAUUGUUAAUGCCAACAUCUAUGAUCUUAAGAAAUUGAGAAGUGAAGUGAGGAGAAUCUUCAAAGUAAACUCUCUACUGGAAUAUGAUUCUAUUUUACUUUUAAUAGUAUUAUUUUGGCUGUGAAACAAAGUUGUGAUGUUUUUAAAGAUGUGUUUUUGUUUAGACAACAUGUUGUUCAAAAUGUGGUGUUACUAUUUUUCCACUGUAGGUAAUUUUUAAGGUUCCAAGUUUUUACAAAUGCUAGACCUGUCACCAUGUUACUUGGAUGUCAUUGUCCUCGCUUCAGUGUUCUUUCCUGUACUUGGCAAAACGAGCCCACAGUUAAUCAAAUGACGAACCUAAGGGAAAUCUCAGCUUUUAAAAAGUGAAAAUAACUGCGACUGCUGCGUCUAAGAUGGCUUAUAGCCACCUGCGCUGCACCACUGAUUUCAAACUACAACGGUGGCCCACUCAAAUUUUGAAGUCCAUGGGUAUAAUUUGGCAUUAAAGUGUGAUUCUUGGUUUGGCUUUCUCUGUUGCUUUCGGAAGCUGUCAUUCAUCUUAAUCUGCUGCUUAGUUUACUGUUGUAGUUGCCGGUCCAUUUAAUAAAAAUGUUGAAUACAAAAAAAAA